UUGGAUUAGGGCUGUCAGAAUGCAGAAUGAAACCGAGGACAUCGUUCUACUCUGCGCAAAAAAUCACAUUCGAGUUUUUUACGCAGACUUCAUUGCGCAGAUUAAAAGGUUGAAACAAGUUUAGGAGACAGAGCAACAACUACCCCCUUUGACUCUGGAUUAUGUGAGCUGAGGAGGACUAAAAAGUUAAUGGAUAUGCAUCCUCCCACAGUUAUGAUAGACUUUGGGAAUAUCUGACGGGGUUAAAAUGACGCGCUUCCUCGCAAGAAUCUUGUUUUUUGAAACUCUUACAUUAAUUCUACUACAAGGUGUUCUGAUGUCCCACGACGAUUUGGAGAGCAACCCCAGACUUCUCAGAGACGCCCAGGAAUUUGACUCUAGGGGGUCCCAGCUGUCUGAGACCACCAAGUCCAGACAAAAGCGCUGCACCUGUUACUCCUACACGGACAAAGAGUGCGUGUACUACUGCCACUUGGAUAUCAUCUGGAUAAACACUCCCGAACGCACUGUUCCCUAUGGGAUGUCGAGCUACAGAGGACAGCAGCGAAGCAGACGCGCCGCCCGUGCUCGACUCUCUGAGCGUGAGGGGCCGAAAACACCACGCUGCAUUUGUGCUGAUACUGACAAAGAUGCUGAAUGCCAAGAUUUUUGUUGGUCAAACCUCCGUCAGACUCCUCAGACCAGAAAUCUCCACAGAGUCUCCGGCCUCGGACAACAGCUGCGAGCCUCUCCUUCUGAUGGAUCCGCCUCUCCUCUUUGACCCCUUCCCUUUACUCUCUGAUUGGCAUCUUGCCUCCCAGGUGCUCGCAGUCAAGAAGAGAACUGAGGAGUUAAAAACUGCCAACAUUCCUCAACAUCAAAACUCUUGUAGCAAGUUCCGUCAGGCCAAGUGAUUUCAAGCACUCUGCAGAAUAUCUAAUGCCGACCCCUUCAGGCAUCCCACCUUCCUCUUUUUUCCUGAGAAUAACAGAAGGAUUACUUUAAUACCUUUUGGUACCUUUAAUAUCAACAUAUUAGCCAAGGACUUUGCUUGUUCAAAGCAUAAUUACACCAUUAAUUUGGUUUCACAUCUAAUGUAAGAGUCUACACCCGGCUAAAUCUUUUCAACAAAGAGAUAAUCUAAAACUAGAAGCAACAUAAACAUUCCAGAGAGUUGGUGGGAGGUGAAAAAGUGCCUGGAGGAGCCACAGAAAAUAAGUGUAUUGAAAAGGUGUUAUAAAUUCUGGAAUGUGUAAACUAGAAAAGAGUAGAAAGAUUCGGUUUCAAUAGUACUAAUGAAUGGUUUUAUUUUAUUAUUUAUGGAAUUUGAGAAAAUCGUUAAUUCUUCUUAGAAAAAAAAAGUUUCACAUAUAUAAAAAUAUUACAUAUUGGCACCAAAUUGAUCACGUUUAGUUUUACCAAGUUACUCUGCGUGAGCCAGACACGUUUUUUUUCAACUGAAGCCGUGUAAAGCCUGUCACACUACUUGUACUUUUAACAAACCGUCUUCAGCUGUGAAUUUCUUGUAAGCAAAAUGAUUAAAUUUUAUGCGUUUCUCACAAAAACCAGUGAAAAGACGGCUAAUAAUAAUAAUAAAGCUAAUCUCUUGAUUACCGUAGGAGUUAAGCUGCUCGAGUUGAUAAUUGUGUGUUGCAGACUCCAUACAUUUUACAGCAACUGCAAAAAGACAUUAUUUACAUGCCUGAGCAUGAAAACUCUUGCUAGUUUGAGGUUAUCUGUUCUCUGAAAUACUCACUGUUUUUCAUUGUACAGUACAGUGACUGUACAGUGAAAACACAGGUUAAAGAAAUGAACAUAUUUUGUUUUUGCUAGUAGCUCAAAAAGUUGUAGUUCAGGUUUUAGGUUAUACAAUCAAUGAGUUUUGCAAAAAUCAGUUACACAAAAAAGCAAAACUUGCCGUCAGAUAUUUGUAAAAAAAAAUAAAUAAAUAAAAAUUGCAUCAAAUUUAAAAUAAGCAAUACUAUUUCAAACUGCAUUGGAUUAGCUCUUGUGUCGUUGGCCUUCUGACGGGCCUGGCCUGAAAGGUGCAGAAAAAUGUUUGCAUCUUUAUGUAUGUUCACUAUUUUGGAGAAAGAACUAUCUUGUCUUUCUUUAGAUCAGUCAUCUUAAGCUAUGGAAAGAAAUGUAAAGACCAUGAUCAUAUUUGCAAAUGCUAAACACAGAUUAAUUGAAAAAGUGUUUCAUAUUUGUGUUCUGAGUGAGGGGAGUAAAGUAAGACAAGGUGUUGCAUGAGAAAGCACUCUGUUUUGGUUUUUCCCUUUGGCCCUGAGGCUUCAAUUGGGAUUGCAGGGCUGUUUUCUGUUAUUUGGGAUUUAGAGGGAACGAGACGUCCAUACAGUUAAGCCUUUCCAUUUUUAUGUCUGUCUAAUCAGUCGGUUCCUUCCAUCUAAAAAUAUCAUAGCUUAACUUGUGAAGUUUUCAGUUAUUAAAUGGUUUCAUUUGUUUCAAAUUUUCCAGAAAAUCAGAUUUGAACAUGGACGUGAAACUUUUCUUCAUUGAGAGUUUUAUAUAAAAAUGUAAAGCUGUAUAUUGUGUUUAAAAGUUCUCCCCUCUUUUGUAUAUUAUGUACAGUACAUCAUGUAUCUAAUUUGUACAUAUGUUUAUGAUUUGUCUUUGUUAUUAUUUAUAUCCAUUGAAAAAGAACAGAGUGCAUGCAACUAAGUUAUGCAAUGGUUUGGCCUUCAGAACUGCAAUAAAUCCCAAAGUAUUUAACUAAUAUUUUGUUAUAAGGUAUCUAAAAAAUAAUAUGUUUAUGACAUUUAAAUAUGGUAAAAAUUAACAAAUCUUUCCAAAAACUUUUUAAUAUUGCUUAUGAUUAAGUAGUGCCUGUGGGGUGAAAAGCUACACGCAAUGGAAACUGAAUAGAUUAUUUAAGUUGUUUGAUAAAGCAAUCCAAAGAAUAAAGCAAAAAUGCUGUACAGUAA